CAGUAACCUGUGAAGAGAACAAAAAGAAAAGGAUUUACUUAAAACUGGUAUUUAUCUGUGGUGUCCUUUAAAUUCUCUUCGAGUCAUUCUAUUUUUUUUAUAUAUUUAUAUUUUGUUAUCUAAAGGGAAAGGCGAGGCUCCACCUGCUGCAAAGAAGUAGAGGCAAAAGGGCUUAGUCCACCUGCCCCAAAGAGACAAGGAGACAGGGAAGGAAGAAAAGGAAGGACCCUCAUCAUUGUCUGCUGUUCCGCCUGCUUCCUGUUGUGUACCGAUGUAUGCUGAGAAAGUUGUGACAGAAGGGAAGAUGGGGAGCAGGGGGAUCUCUCUGACCUGUGUGUUGACCCCCUGCCGGUUGAUUGGUGUGUGUAUAACGCUGAUGACCUUGGGAGCCAUCGGAGCAGCCGUCUGGGCCGUAGUUACAUAUUGUACAAUGGAGGAAGACACAGGACUGUAUGACGUCCAGGUGAAUUCAGCUGACCAACGUCUCAGAGUGUUCGACUCUGCUCAGAGGAGGUGGCUUCAGGUGUGUUCCUCCCCGGCCAAUGAACUUCUAGCCAGCAUCAGCUGUGAAGAAGUGGGAUUCAUCAGGUCUCAGUUUGUGCAGUCGGCCGUUAUCGUUGUGAUGUUGUGCACGGCAGGAAGCUGGCCGUGGCAGGUCAGUCUGCAGUACGAUGGCGUCCAUCAGUGUGGAGGAUCCAUCAUCUCAAACCGUUGGAUUGUUUCUGCAGCUCACUGCUUCCCAGAGCGGUAUCGUUUUGUUAAUCGCUGGCGUGUGCUGCUGGGCUCCAUCUACAAUAAACCAGUCAAUGCCAAUGUGGCGGAGGUGAAGACCAUCGUUUACCACAGCAGCUACCUGCCCUUCGUAGACGCCAACAUCGAUGACAACAGCAGAGACAUCGCAGUUCUGGCCCUCACCCAGCCACUCACUUUCAGUGAAUACAUCCAGCCUAUUUGCCUGCCAGCGUAUGGCCAGAGACUGAUAGAUGGACAGAUGGGGACAGUUACAGGUUGGGGAAACGUAGGGUACUAUGGUCAUCUAGCAGAUGUUCUCCAGGAAGCAAACGUCCCCAUCAUCAGUGACGCAGUGUGUAAUGCCCCUGAUUACUAUGACAACCAGAUCACCACCAGCAUGUUCUGUGCUGGCUUCGAGAAAGGAGGCACUGAUGCCUGUCAGGGAGACAGUGGCGGUCCAUUUGUGGCAGAUGACUGUCUCUCUAAGACCAAUCGGUAUCGUCUGCUGGGAGUAGUGAGCUGGGGGACUGGCUGUGCCAUGGCCAAGAAACCGGGCGUCUACACUAGAGUGUCUCGAUUUCUGCCCUGGAUAUCUACAGCCAUGAGGAACUACCACAACUCACCAGGCGUUCACAAAAUGGCCCGGACAUGAGACCCCUGCCACAAUGUUUGUACUUUUUCUACUUUUGGAUGAAAAUAUGGACAGAUCCUGUUGGUGAUACUGUGAUAUGAUGGGGGGGCGUAACAGGCUGUAAUUGUCCCCUAACUCAUCAGCAAUGAGUUACUGAUCUUGGCCUGUGUUGUUGAGAAGUAAUAAAUAAUGAUGAACCAAAAAAAUAAAUAAAUAAAAAAGAUUGGAUUUAACUUUUGUAAAAUAUAAGUAAUUAUGCAUCUUAGAUAAUUUUUUUCUUUUUUUUUAUGUCCACCAGAAGUAAUAAAUAGCCAUUAUAAGGAGAAGUGAGAGUUUAAUGGCUCAGAUGUAUCCGUUGAAUUCCACUUGUGAUUUUGAACCUUUCUUCCACGAGACAUUUUCUAGAGUGGUUGGUGAAUUUCCUGCUGCUCAUUAUUAAUUAGAAGAAGAAAGCUUUAGUAAAUUACAGAUCAUAAGUAUUUCGUUUCAUAAUUAAACUUGUGCGAUACAUUUUAUCAGCAGUAAUUUACUUUUGUAUGAAGAAGAAUUAUUCCUGAAGAUCUGGUAUCUUUAUCAAAUCCACAUGCAGCCUGAUGACGAUGAUAUCUAUCUAUGUCCUAUUCCAUUUGAUGUUUUGUCUUUGUCUUGUAAAUAUUAGUCCUUAUGUUGUUUGUGUAGAUGUUUAUUUGAGACAUUUAACAGAUGUCUAAAACAAAUUCACAGAUCUUCAGAGCCGUGUCAUGUAGAUUUGACUGAAUGUGUUUCCAUAAAUAAGGGUGAUGUGAAAAUAAGUAGCUUUGGACCCUUUUUGAAACUGUGCUUUCUUGAAACACAACAUGCAGCUUGAACAAGUCUGUUCAGUAAAAUAAGAUCACAUUCACUCAAAUAGGUCCACUUCCUCUUUCUGAAACAACCCCAACGCUUCUUUUUCACUUACGGCAAUUGUUAAACAUACAAAAAGAAAUAAAUAUUGUAAAAUGCAA